GUUUUACUUGGAGAAUGGGCAAAGUAUUUUGGUUUCUGCUUACUGAUUUGUUAGACUUUCGAUGAUAUUUGGUAAUGCUUGUCGUGAUCCAGCUUCAUGCUUUCGAAAGCAGUCUAAGAUCACUGUAAUGACGAAUUUUGAUGAGAGUCGUGUUAGAAAAAGUGGGGAUGUGACAACGUCUUAUUCCUCAGGUGCUGCUAGUUCUAAUCCUGUUGAGGGGAGUUCCCCUGACUUGUUGAAGAACACUCCAUCCAACAUCGCCACAUUGGAGGAUGCUAUUGAGCAGUUCAAGAGUCGGCAGAAGUAUCUCGCGCAUACAAAGAGCCCUUCUGAUGGGGAAGAUGUUCGUUGGUAUCUAUGCAAAGUGCCUCUGGCAGAAAAGCAGCUUUCAGCUUCACUUCCUCGAAUUGAGAUAAUUGGCAAAGAUGAUUAUUUUCGGUUCAGCGUGAGAGACUCUCUUGCUCUUGAGGCCUCUUUCUUGCAAAGGGAAGAAGAUCUACUUGCGCAUUGGUGGAAAGAGUAUGCAGAAUGUAGCAAAGGUCCAAGUGGAACUCAGACAACUAAUUAUGUGACUUCUACUAGUGGUUCUAAUGAACUGUAUGUAGUGGAGGAAGAGAGAGUUGGUGUGCCAGUAAAAGGUGGCCUUUAUGAGGUAGAUUUAAUUAAGCGGCACUGUUUUCCUGUGUACUGGAGUGGUGAAAACAGACGUGUUUUGCGAGGUCACUGGUUUGCUCAUAAAGAUGGUAAUGAUUGGCUUCCGCUUCGUGAAGAUGUUGCAGAGCAACUGGAGUUGGCCUACCGCUGUCAGGUCUGGCGUCGUAGGACCUUUCAACCUUCAGGUCAAUUUGCUGCCAGAAUUGAUUUACAAGGCACCACAGAGGGACUGCAUGCCAUUUUCACAGGAGAUGAUGAUUCUUGGGAGGCUUGGUUAGCAUUUGACAGAUCUAGUUUUUCUCUUAAUAUGGGAGGUGGAAAUAGGGUUAAACUAAGACGUGGUUUUUCCCCUUCUGCAAAGCCAAGUCAGGAUGAGCUGCAUCAGCAGAAAGAGGAAGCCAUGGAUGAUUACUGUUCUCAGGUGCCAGUUGGCCAUCUAGUUUUUAUGGUUCAUGGUAUUGGACAGAGGUUGGAGAAUGCUAAUGUGGUUGAUGAUGUUGCUGAUUUCGGUCGUAUAACAGCAAGCCUAGCUGAUAGACACUUAACUGCAUACCAGAGAAGCACCCAGAGGGUUCUAUUUGUUCCUUGCCAGUGGAGAAGGGGCUUGGAGCUUAGUAGUGAGACUAUAAUUGAAAAAAUCACCUUGGAUGGUGUUCGAGGUCUACGUGCAACAUUGAGUGCCACUGUUCAUGAUGUUCUAUACUACAUGAGUCCUAUCUAUUGUCAAAAUAUAAUUGACUCAGUCUCCAACCAGUUAAAUAGAUUGUAUGCAAAGUUUCUCAAGAGAAACCCAGGCUAUGAUGGGAAGAUUUCAAUAUUUGGCCAUUCAUUAGGAAGUGUUCUAUCUUAUGACAUCCUUUGCUAUCAAGACUCUUCUGCAACACUUCCUGUGGAGGCUGCCUUCGUGGAUGACUUCUGCAUCCCAAAGCAAGAAUGUAUUGUUAAUGUAACUUACCAACCUGUUGAAUAUCAUCGUGCCUUGAAUUUUAACAAUAACAACAAUAAAAAUGGUGCAGCUUCAAGGCCAGCAACACAUGUAUCUGUAAAAGGCAGUUCCAUGUCAAAUCCAUAUACCAAAGUCAAUGAGGAAAAAACACCAGAUGUUUCUUGCGUUGAAGAUUGUGGUGUUACUAGAGGCCAGCAAGAGGAUUUCUUAUGCAAUGAUGGCAUCCAAGAAUCAGAUGAUUCAGCUAAAUUAUUUAGUAAAAAGAAACACACAAUCUUUGAACGAGUCAAUGAGGUAAAUAAGAAUGUUGCAGAAACAAUAUAUGCAGAAGAUAGAGAUUCUGAUGCAAAUCCAGGCAUAAGUAGGGAUUUUCAUGGUAAUGAAGUCCGAGAUGCUGGGCAUCCAUCUGAAGAUUUAAUUGACAAAGGCAAAUUAGUGUCCAUGUUGAUGGAAGAGGUGAAGUCCCUCAGAGCAAAAGUUGCAGAACUAGAGAAAAAUCAUCACUCAGCUUCCUGUUCCAGUAACUUUGACAAUGGUCAAAUGGUCAAAUCUAUGACAAGUUCAUCUUCUUUUGGAAGGUUAUCUUCAGUGCUAGAUGAUAGUAAAAAGCAAUAUACACCUUAUAUCAAAUAUACUAGGCUUAAUUUUAAGGUAGAUACAUUUUUUGCUGUUGGAUCACCACUGGGUGUCUUUCUUGCCCUCCGAAAUGUCCGCAUAGGAGUUGGCAGGGGGCAAGCUUAUUGGGAAGAUGAAAAAAUAUCUGAAGAGAUGCCAUCUUGCAGGCAGAUGUUUAACAUUUUUCAUCCUUUUGAUCCUGUUGCAUACAGAGUAGAACCGCUUAUCUGCAAGGAGUACUUAAACAAGAGACCUGUUCUUAUUCCCUACCACAGGGGCGGGAGGAGGUUGCAUAUUGGAUUUCAGGAAUUCACUGAAGAUAUAGCUGCACGCUCCGAAAGCAUAAUGAGUCAGCUAAAUUCUUUGAGGGUCAAAGUGGCUAGCACUUUUCAAAGACAAAACAAGGAUAAAGCUAAAGAAACUGUGGAAGAUGAGAAAAGAGAAAGAUCAUAUGGUUCCUUCAUGAUUGAACGGUUGACAGGCUGUGAAUAUGGUCGAAUCGACUUUGUUCUCCAGGAAGGAACAUUUCAUCAUCCUUAUCUAUCAGCCAUAGGAUCACAUACCACUUUUCGUUCUCAACCGCCUGUAUCAUGGUAUACCUGAAGAACCACCAACCGAUGAUAAAAAAAGGUCGUAGAUCCAGUCCAGGACCUCAAAGAAAGCAUGCAAAACUUCUCUAUGAAAUGUUAUAUGAGGAGACCCCAUCAACACACCCUGACAUUUCAUUCGGCUAGCACUUUUCAAACAGGUCAAAGUAUGGUUCCUUUAUAAUUUCCUAUAUUUUGGGUAACAGGUCAAAGUGGCUAGCACUUUUCAAAGACAAAACAAGAAUAAAGCUAAAGAAACUGUGGAAGAUGAGAAAAGAGAAAGAUCAUAUGGUUCCUUCAUGAUUGAACGGUUGACAGGCUGUGAAUAUGGUCGAAUCGACUUUGUUCUCCAGGAAGGAACAUUUCAUCAUCCUUAUCUAUCAGCCAUAGGAUCACAUACCACUUUUCGUUCUCAACCGCCUGUAUCAUGGUAUACCUGAAGAACCACCAACCGAUGAUAAAAAAAGGUCGUAGAUCCAGUCCAGGACCUCAAAGAAAGCAUGCAAAACUUCUCUAUGAAAUGUUAUAUGAGGAGACCCCAUCAACACACCCUGACAUUUCAUUCGUUGGUACAUUUCUCUGCAGAUCGGAGUGGCACAUCGACCAACACAAAACAUGUCAUGUGUGUCAGUUGAUUCAUGCUAGAUACACGUAUGCAUAGCAAUGUGUACAGCGUGGUAUUGCAACUUUUUUUUCUUUUGAACUAGUGGUGUUACUUGGAAACUGAAAUUUUAGUCAGGAAUUCUGGUUGCUUCAGACGAUCUCAUUAUGAUGGCACUACAAUGAAGUUUGUAGUAAUCUGCAUCAGUUUCUGAUGUUAAA